AAGCAGAUUCCACACAAACAGAGACGACGCAAUCAUCAUAUAGUGGAGGGCGACCCCAAGAGGAUAUUUGGAAUGAAUUUGAUGCAAUUAUCAAUAGAAGAGGGAUACAUAAAGGGCACGAUGUAGGAAGAGCUCAUGAAAUGAAGGCUCACCUCGCACUGAAAUGUAAAGGAAGAGUGCCAAAAAAUAUUCGAAUUAAGGUACUUCGGGAUAUUCAAAAUGAGGAUGGGUCAACUUCAAAAAAAAAAAAGAAAUCAGACUAUCCUAUAUUAACUAUGGACGCAUACUACGACACAAAAGAAGCCAUUGAUAAAGCUAAAGAAACAAGGGCCAAUAAAUUGCUAAUCAAAUGGAUUGUGUGUUCCGGUAUCUUAUUUUCCACCUUUGAUUCUCCUUAUUUUGAGGAUUUUACAAAGUUAUUAAACCCAGGGUAUAAUUCACCUAAGAGAGCUACAUUGGCAACAUCAAUCUUGGAUGUAGAAGCAGUGAACAUAACACUAAAAAUAGAGAAAGAACUAUUGAAAUCUAAAAAUCUAACGCU